UUGCAGGACCUGGGCAUGGAGUCGACCUCGCUGGAUGAUGUUCUCUAUCGCUAUGCCAGCUUCCGGAACCUGGUGGACCCCAUCACCCAUGACCUCAUCAUCAGUCUGGCCCGCUACAUCCACUGCCCUAAGCCGGAAGGCGACGCACUGGGUGCCAUGGAGAAGCUGUGCCGGCAGCUGACCUACCACCUCAGCCCCCACUCCCAGUGGAGGCGCCACCGGGGGCUGCGCAGGCCUGGUGAGUCGUGCCUCAAGGCUGUCCUGGCCGGGAGCCCUCCAGACAACACGGUGGACCUUUCAGGCAUCCCGCUGACCUCCCGGGACCUGGAGCGGGUGACCAGCUACCUGCAGCGCUGCGGGGAGCAGGUGGACAGCGUGGAGCUGGGCUUCACGGGCCUCACAGAUGACAUGGUCCUGCAGCUGCUGCCGGCCCUCAGCAGCCUGCCCCGCCUCACCACACUGGCGCUCAACGGCAACCGGCUAACCCGGGCCCUGCUGCGCGACCUCACCGACACCCUGAAGGACCCCAGCAAGUUCCCCAGCGUCACGUGGAUUGACCUGGGCAACAACGUGGACAUCUUCUCCUUGCCCCAGCCCUUCCUGCUCAGCCUGCGCAAGCGCUCCCCCAAGCAGGGCCACCUUCCCACCAUCCUGGAGCUGGGCGAGGGCCCGGGCAGUGGGGAGGAAGCCCGGGAAGAGACAGUGGGCCAGGAGGACCCUGGAGGGGGCCUUGCUGCACCAGCCAAGGACCUCCACGAGGGCCAGGAGACAGCAGCUCAGACGUGACACAGAAGCGGGGACCUCAACAGGGAGUCCUCAUGGGGUGGGACGGCUGAGACAGGUUAGGGGUACCUCUUCUCGGGAGGCUCAGGCUGAAAACUGGCUUGAAUGCUCCCUGCUCCCUCCUCCCCCACCACCACAGAAAGGCAGCCCUAGCACCUGGGAGAGGGGGCCUAUUUAAUACUUCUCUUUGAUCCUGUCUUCCCCACCCCCUUAUAAAUCCAUUCUUGCCUUCUGACUUCUGGAAGUGGCUCAUGAGGCUCCAGGCACCCCUCAACUCAGCCUCAAAGGUGUGGGAGGGCCUUAUAACCCAGAGAUGCUAAUGUGAUACUGGGCACUCCCAGAAAAGCUGCAUAGGUGGGCCCCUGCAUCGAGCACUCUCCAGGUCUGUCUACCUGGGAGAAGAAACUCCAGCCAGAUUAUUAGGCAAGUCUCCAGUUCAGGGAGACGGAUCCUUACUGAAACCACUCUCACCUGGAGAAGAUCUGGGCUGGGUGCCAGAGCCUAACUCAUGCCAAGCUAAGGGUGGACAAAGAUGGUCUACCUCCAGUGGAGCCUCAGGCUCCUUGGAACCAUUUCCCCAGCUUGACAUUUGAGGCCCAUGUUGCUACCCACACCCCUGCCCAAGGGACAAGCUACCAUACUGUCCCCGUAACAGAGCACCCAGUGGUGCCAUGUGGCAGGACCUACGUGCCCACACCCCCAGGCGUGCAUGCAGGCCACUUAACUCCUGUAGCCCGUCUUAGAAAACUACCACUGAUAUUCCCCAGGGCCUUUAGGGACUAUGGCAGAAUGACUGUCCUCACCUGGACAGGCUUCAGAACCCUCUUCUGAUAAAAAUCCCUUCUGGGUCCAAGAUCACAAACCAAGUCCAGACUUUUUGCCAUAGGGUGUGCGCUCAGUGAGACACUGCCCACAGGGCAACUGGCCACGCCAUAAUCCCUUCUAGGGCUUUGGGCACAGGCAGACUCAGCGUCUUUCAAGCCACCAGGUGUGGGACUUGAAAUUGUUUGGCAAUAUAGAAGUCUACUACCAUAACCACACUACCAGCCCCAACCCUUGGCUGGGAGAAGGGGGAAAUUAACUCUAGUCUGGGAAACUUACUUCAGUCAAGAGUAUUCCUCCCAAGUAUUCUCAAUGAAAAAGCCCUAAGGCCAACACUGUCAAUUAACUGGCCUUACCAAGCACAGCCAGGAAGGGGCUGGACUGCAGGGCCUUGCAGGCUGCUUAACCAAGGGCAGAGCCCAGAGACAGCUGCGCUCAGGAAUGAGGUGUGUGGAUGCCUUAAAUGCUUUGGAAUUUUGCCCUCAGUCCAGUUGUUGAGAGGCUGACUGUUCAGUUUACAAGUCCAAGUGCUAAUGCCCCACCACAGUAGUCCAAGCUACCUUUUUCUUCAAAUACACACAUUUUCCAAACCAAAACCAAAGACCAUUCUUUAUUUCAGUAAUAGUUGAUGGUAACUACAUGAGAACUUUAUUUGUGGGUGGGAGUGGAGAUGAACAGUUUGUAGCUUAAAGAACUCACCCCUUCUUAGCCAAUUUACAAAAGUAAAUUAAGUUGUCAGACAAGCUGGCAGGGGACAAUGCU